AUGGUAAGAGUAGUUCUGUUGGAAAAUAUUUCUAUUGUUAUUUUGAGCUGAAAAUGGGUAUCGAUAUCAAUCACAAGUGGGACCGUAAGGUUCGCCGUACUAAGCCAAAAUCUUUGGAUGUCUACCUACGGCUUCUAGUUAAGCUUUAUCGUUUCCUUUACCGCAGAACACAUAAGAAGUUUAAUAAGAUAAUCCUGCGUCGUUUGUUUAUGAGCCGUACAAAUCAGCCACCAAUUUCGCUGUCGCGAGUGGCCAAGCUGUUGAAACUGCGUGGCAAGGAUGAAAAAACAAUCGCCGUUGUUGUCGGAACUGUCACUAACGAUGACCGCAAGCUGUAUGUGCCCAAGAUGAACGUCUGUGCCCUACGUGUGACGGAAAAGGCGCGUGAGCGAAUUCUGAAAUGGGGAGGAAAAAUCUACACCUUCGAUCAGCUGGCGCUCAUUGCACCAACCGGAAAGAAUACUGUUUUGAUGCAAGGUGAACGCACUGCCCGGGAAGCCUUUACCCACUUCGGUCGUGCUCCUGGUGUACCGCACUCCAAUACCAGGCCCUACGUUCAGUCCAAGGGUCGCAAAUACGAGAAGGCUCGUGGUCGCCGUAGCAGCUGCGGUUUCAAAAAUUAAAACACCCUAUAUCGGUUCGAAGGAAACAAAAUUCCUUUUAUUUUUUGUGUAACUAAGUGAAAUACAAAGGAGUAAAUUCAACAUAA